AGCAAGGCAAAUUGGUGCUGUUACGUCGUCGCGGAAACGGCUAAACGUAAUCUAGCGACAAAUCAAGGAGCCAAUAGUAGAUCUCACUGAAAAAUAUUUGGCAAUACUGUUGAAAAAUUCAUUCUGGGGACGGGACGGACAUAAAUGAGCAGUUCCACGUUGUAGCUACUCACAUCGUGGAGGCGAACCUGGGGGAAUAGCUACAUAGAAUUUGCGAAAGAAUUGAGAGAAACAGGUAGGCUAACGCAGCAUGGUGAAUAAUGUGCAGCGAGUCGAUGACACCUGGCGAACAUGCACCAAAAGCGACUCGAGUGGCACGAGCAGCGGCGGCGAGAGUUCCAAGGAGAGCUCUCGCUCCUCGACACCUGUGCUGGCUGCCUACCGCACGGAAAGGCUACGGGACAAGAUGCGCCGGCGGACAGAGUCAGGCGACCACUGGUUUUCCCUAGAGUUCUUCCCGCCUCGUACUGCCAGUGGGGCUGUCAAUCUCGUCUCUAGAUUUGAUCGCAUGGGCUCUGGGGGGCCCCUGUUCAUAGAUGUUACCUGGCAUCCGGCGGGGGACCCAGGUUCGGACAAGGAGACCUCCUCUAUGAUGAUUGCCAGCACAGCGGUCAACUACUGUGGCCUGGAGAGCGUCCUGCACCUGACCUGCUGCAACCAGACCAAAGAAAAGAUCACUGGGUACCUGAGCAAAGCCAAACACCUUGGCCUGAAGAACAUCAUGGCUCUAAGAGGAGAUCCCGUAGGGGCUGACUGGGAAGAGGAAGAAGGGGGCUUCAACUACGCCACAGACCUGGUCAAACACAUCCGCUGCGAGUUUGAUGACUACUUUGACAUCUGUGUGGCUGGCUACCCUACUGGCCACCCAGAGGCAGAGGGCUACGAUGAGGACCUGAGACACCUGAAGGAGAAAGUGGACGCCGGUGCAGACUUCAUCAUCACCCAGCUCUUCUUCCGGGCCGACACCUUCCUCAAGUUUGUCAGAGAUUGCAGGGCCAUAGGGAUCACCUGCCCCAUCCUACCAGGCAUCUUCCCUAUCCAGGGCUACCAAUCUCUAAGGCAGCUGGUGAAGUUGUCUAAGCUGGAGGUGCCUGAGGAGAUCAUGCGGGUCAUCGAGCCCAUCAAGGACAACGACGCAGCCAUCCGCAACUAUGGCAUUGAGCAGACCGUGGGCAUGUGCCGCGUGCUCCUGGAGAGCGGCGAGGUGCCGGGCCUCCACUUCUACACGCUGAACCGCGAGGUGGCCACCAUAGAGGUUCUGCGGCAGCUGGGCCUCUGGAUCGAGGACCCCAGGCGUCCACUCCCCUGGGCGGUGAGUGCUCACCCCAAACGCAAAGUGGAGGACGUGCGGCCCAUCUUCUGGGCCUCCAGACCCAAGAGCUACAUAUACAGAACACAGGACUGGGACGACUUCCCCAACGGACGAUGGGGCAACUCGUCAUCUCCAGCCUUUGGCGAACUCAACGAUUACUACUUGUUCUACCUGAAGAGUAAGUCGUCAAAGGACGCCCUGCUGAAGAUGUGGGGCGAGGAGCUGACCAGUGAGCAGAGUGUCUACGAGGUUUUCACCAGCUACAUCAAGGCCCAGCCCAACUGCGCCGGACACAAGGUGAUGUGUCUGCCAUGGAAUGACGAGCCGCUGGCUCCGGAGACCAACUUAAUGAUGGACGAGCUCGACAAGGUGAACCGCCGGGGGGUCCUCACCAUCAACUCGCAGCCCACCAUCAAUGGCAAGCCCUCUGACGACCCCAUCGUGGGCUGGGGCCCACCGGGGGGCUACGUCUUCCAGAAGGCCUAUCUGGAAUUUUUCACCUCGAGUGAAAACGUCACCGUUCUCCUCAAAGUGCUGAAGAAGUACGAACCUCGCGUCAACUACCACAUUGUCAAUGUUCAUGGUCAGAAUACGACAAACGCCCAUGACAUGCAACCCAACGCUGUGACGUGGGGCAUCUUCCCCGGCAGGGAGAUUGUCCAGCCCACGGUGGUGGAUCCAGUCAGCUUCAUGUACUGGAAGGAUGAGGCCUUUGCCCUGUGGAUUGAGCAGUGGGCCAAGCUGUAUGAGGACGAGUCGCCAUCACGCAUGAUCAUCAAGUACAUCCACGACAACUACUUCCUAGUCAACCUGGUGGACAACGACUUCCCAUUGGACAACUGCCUGUGGCAGGUCAUCGACGACAUGUUCGAGCUGCUUGACAACCCCCCAGAGGAGCAACCCACGGCGCAACCUGUAGAACAGCCUGCCGAGGAGUCACCCGUGGAAGAUCAACCCCCAAAGUAACCGUGGCGACAGUCACUGACUGACUUUUUUACUUUUUCUCCCCGGUGCUGCUAUCGAGAACUUGUAUACACUAUACAGUAUAUAUACUGAACAAAAAUAUAAAUGCUACAUGCAACAAUUUUAAUUGAUUUUACUGUUACAGUUCAUGAGGAAAUCAGUCAAUUGAAAUAAAUGAACUCGGCCCUAAUAAAAAUGUAUAAUAUAUGGAGAUCACAUGACUAGGAAUACAGAUAUUCAUCUGUUGGUCACAGAUACCUUUAAAAAAAUGGGCCUCAGGAUCUCCUCAUGGUAUUUACGUGCAUUCAAAUUGCCAUCGAUAAAAUGCAUUUGUAUUCGUUGUCUAUAGCUUUAAGCCUGCCCACACCAUAACCCCACCGCCACCAUGGGGCACUCUGUUCACAACGUUGACAGUAGCAACCCGCUUGCCCACACGACGCCAUACACGUGUUCUGCAGUUGUGAGGCCGGUUGGACGUACUGCCAAAUUUGAUAAAACAUUGGAGGCUGCUUAUGGUAGAGAAAUAAACAUUCCAUUAUCUGGCAAUGGUGGAGAUUCCUGUAGUCAGCAUGCAAUUGGCAUGCUCCCUCAACUUGAGACAUCUGUGGCAUUAUGUUGUAUAACAAAACUGCACAUUUUAGAGUGGCCUUUUAUUGUCCUCAGUACAAGGUGCACCUGUGUAAUGAUCAUGCUAUUUCAUCAGCUUCUUGAUAUGCCACACCUGUCAGGUGGGUGGAUUCUCUUGGCAAAGGAGAAACGCUCACUAACGGGAAUGUAAACAAAUUUGUGCAAACAUUUGAGAGGAAUAAGCUCUGUGUGCAUGGAACAUUUAUUUUAAACAUUUAAACAACGUUUAUUUUUGUUCAGUACUUCAACAUUUGUUUAAAAAACAUUUUAAGAAUAUGGAUUUCAUUUGAGCGAUAAAUGGUGAGAAAAUGUGCCAUGAAAGGAACUAAAUUAGUCCAACACCAGAUGUUUAUCUUGUGUAAUAUACAAUAUGACGGUAGCAAACUGAGCUACUAUCUGGAUGACCAAUCUUAAUCGAGAGGCACUUGACUGAAUUCAUAUUAUGAUUAAUGACACAGGGAAACAUUUUGGACUUUUAUAAACCUUUUAAUUGUAUGUUUGGUGUAUUCAUAUAAACAUGUACAGUGGGGAGAACAAGUAUUUGAUACACUGCCGAUUUUGCAGGUUUUCCUACUUACAAAGCAUGUAGUGGUCUGUAAUUUUUAUCAUAGGUACACUUCAACUGUGAGACGGAAUCAAAAACAAAAAUCCAGAAAUCACAUUGUAUGAUUUUAAAGUAAUUAAUUUGCAUUUUAUUGCAUGACAUAAGUAUUUGAUCACCUACCAACCGGUAAGAAUUCCGGCUCACAGACCUGUUGGUUUUUCUUUAAGAAGCCCUCCUGUUCUCCACUCGUUACCUGUAUAAAAGACACCUGUCCACACACUCAAUCAAACAGACUCCAACCUCUCCACAAUGGUCAAGACCAGAGAGCUGUGUAAGGACAUCAGGGAUAACAUUGUAGACCUGCACAAGGUCUUAACUGAACAUGGGGCACUCUGUUCACAACUUUGACAGUAGCAAUGAGAGAGAUGUGUAGACUAUGGAAUUGCAUUACCAAAGUUUAAAUUGAGCAAUACAGGGACUUUCCCCUGAAGCUUCAGGGUUACCAGAACACAGACAAACUUGAUUUGUGAUUACAAUUGUAAUCUGCCAUAGACAAUAAUUGUAACAGUACCGAGCUGCUACUGACUGUUUUGGAAAUUUCACGCGAGGCCUUAACUAAUAAGAAUUAAGCAGUGAUCUUACACUGCUUUAUUUUUCUGCUUUUUUUGUUCAUAUUUACCUAUGUUGUGCAAUGUGAUGAUUUAUUAAGAUCAAUAAAAAAAACACUUAAUGUUGCAACGGUCAA